AUGCCGCAGAACGAGUACAUCGAGCAGGCGCAAAAGCGCUACGGUCGCCGCCUCGACCAUGUCGAGCGCACCCGCAAGCGCGAGGCCCGCAAGGCCCACACGGACGCCAACUACCUGAAGCGGGUGCGUGGUAUGAAGGCCAAGCUGGCGCAGAAGGCCCGCUACGCGGAAAAGGCAGAAAUCCGCAAGAAGAUCCGUGAGCACGAGGAGAAGCAGACGACGGAGCGGGUGAAGGACAAGGGACCCAAGAAUGCCCUGCCCAGCUUCCUGAUGGACCGUAGCGAGGCCGACCGCGCCAAGGUGCUGUCGAACUCCCUGAAACAAAAGAGGAAGGAGAAGGCCGGCAAGUGGGCCGUGCCGAUCGAGAAGGUCAAGACGGUGUCGGAGGAUGAGAUGCUCAAGGCCGUCACCUCUGGCAAGCGCGGCAAGAAGUCGUGGAAGCGCUUAGUGAACAAGGUGACAUUUGUUGGGGAGACCUUCACCCGCCGCAUGCCGAAGAUGGAGCGCUUCAUCCGACCCAUGGCGCUGCGCUUCAAGAAGGCCCACGUCACCCACCCGGAGCUGAAGGCCACCUUCUGCCUUCCCAUCAUCGCCGUCAAGAAGAAUCCGCAGGGCAGGAUGUACACCGGCCUUGGCGUCAUCACGAAGGGCUCCGUAAUUGAGGUGAACGUGUCCGAGUUAGGUCUGGUGACGCCGUCGGGUAAGGUGGUAUGGGGCAAAUACGCGCAGGUGACGAACAACCCAGAGAACGACGGCUGCAUCAAUGCGGUGCUGCUUGUCUGA